AUGCCGCUGGACGACCUCAUCCCGAUCGGUGGCACGUCCAGAGGCAGUUCUGGCUCCAAGAAGAGUGCAGCGAACGAUCUCACCGGUGGCCUUAUCUCGAUUUCUGGCGCUCGCAACAAUGCAGACGUCGACAUGUCCGACUUUGAUGUUGGCGACCUGCUUGGUGACGACUCAAGUAAGAAAAAGUCAAAAUCGUCUUCGAAGGACAAGAGCGACGACAAAAAGAGGCACAAAUCCAAAGACAAGUCGAGAAGCUCCAGUAGCAGCAAGAAGAAGAGCAAGUCCAAGUCGAAGAAAACCACAUUUAACGAUGAUGAUGACUUCGGUGGCGAUACUGACAACUGGACGUCUUUGGCAAAGAACUGGGAUAGCGCUGCUGAACUGGAAAUGGCUGCAGCUGCUGCUGCGAGACGGAAGAACGCUAGCGGGAGCGGACUGGAUGAUGAAUUCGCUAAAAUGCUUGGUGGGGACAUUGGCGGUGGUACAGAUUUCGGAGCUGCUGAGUCUUCGGAGCCAUUUGGGAAAGGAGACGACGAUAAAGUGGACAAUUUCGACGCAGAUGAAACUUUCGGGAUCUCGGGGUACACCCCAACUGUGCGUGGCUCGAAAAAAACUCAAGAGGCUAAAGUCCCUCCCACAAUUGAUACAUAUGAACCUGCCAAAGUAAGUGACGGUAUCUCAGCAUCUUUUUUCCAGGAUGAGACAAAAGAUGACUUCAACUCGACGUCGUUGUCUUCGUUGUUGGGUCCAUCAGCUGAGCGUCGAGCUGGGACUCGUGGAGGCCGAAGACAAGCCGGUGGAGCUGAAUCGGACCCUUUUGGUCUUGGAGCCUCGACUACAACUUCCAGCUCCACUUUUGACUCGCUCUUCGGAGCAUCCAGCAGUAGAAAAAGUGCUUUCGACGAUCCGUUCGCCAAACCUACACGCGAUUUAUCAGAUGAUUUCGAAACGAGAUCGCGUCUAAAAGAUCCCAUUGACGAAAGGACUUCGAGUCAAGGUCGAGAUGACCCCCCUCUAGCUCGCGGCAUUCAGGUUUUAUCAGCAAAAGACGAUCUCCUAGCUGAUUUAUUUUCGUCGGAGCCACGUAGCGGUCGUCAACAGGAGGAGUCGUUCUCAAAAAAUGAAGAAGAAAAUUACGAUAAGAAACCGAAAACGGAGAUUCCAUUGGAGCCCGCAGUAAAGCAGCAAAAUGAUCUCCUGGAUGAGCUUUUUGCCACCCCUUCAUCCAAAAGCUCGGUAUAUGACAAACCAAAAAAGGAACAAAAAAUUGCGAUAAAAUCAACAACUCCGCCUAAAGAACGGACCUCACCGAAGAAAUUGGAGUCACUCAACGACGCUGAACUACCCACGGCAAGUACAGAUGCCGACCUUUCUAGCGCUAGAGACAGCUUGCUGAUGGACCUCCUAGGAGAUCUUUCCGAGCCAAGAGGAGCUGUACUAUCACGACGUCGCAGCCGUGGCACCAACAGUAACAACAGCUCGCCCAACAAGGAAGUGAUCAAAGUAGAAGACCCUUUCAAGAGUUCUUUACCACCCUCUCCAGUUCUGUCGAAGCCUUUAGCAACAGUUCCAGAGGUAGCGACAGAGAUGGUAGCUCCAUCAAAUGACAGACCUGAUACUCCGCCAUCACCAGGUCGCAUCCGAUCACUAACAGUCGACAAACGCAUCCGCGAAAGCGACUUGGAACUGCCAAAAGACAGUCUGCUAGAGGAAAUUCUACCGUCGCCUCCUGCCUCUGCUCGCAGCAGUCCCCAGCGACGCAACUCGUACUCCCAGUCCUUCGACGUUGAAGACAAAAUCGCUCCUAUCGCUGAAGAGCCAAUUAGAAAAGUACAAGAGCACAACUCUCAAGCCCAAGAGGAGACUCCACAUAUUUCAAUUGUCAGGCCCUCGCCGAUAGAAGAAAUGAAAGAUUCGAAGGUGUUAAAGCAAAAGCCGAAGCAACUUCAACCAAGUAAAAACGACGAAAUUCCGGACGUAAAGACAACUUUUGCUCCAGUUUGCAACUGUGAAGAACGCGAAAAAGCGCUUACUGCAACAUUUGACGUCGAGCGAGUUGCACUGCAGCAACAACUCGAUGAACUCACGCAACAGUUGCAGACUCAAACAGCGUCUAACAGUCAACUCGCGCAACAACUCACGCAACAACAGGAGGAACGAGAAGCGCUCGCUACGCAACUAUCUCAGCAACUGGAAGAACGAGAAUCACUGGUUAACCAACUGUCGCAGCAACUUGAUGCACGAGUAGCAGCGAACACUCAACUGACUCAACAACUCGCAACAGUGGAACGUGAUAAACUCCAAGCCGACCAGGUAGCUGCAAGCUGUAAAGAGGAAGCAGCGAGCUACCAACAUCGAGCUGAGCUCUUGGAAGCCGAGAUACGAGGACUUCGUGACGAGCUGUACCGCUCGAAACGCGCCAUCCAGGAUGCAGAGUUGACUCUAGCACGGAAAAUGGCCGAACAGGACGACGCGGACCAAUUAGAACGCCACCGAGAGAAGCGCGCGCUUGAGGCGCUUAGUGCGCAGAUGCAACGUGCAUUAGCACGUCUCACUGUAACGCAUCAAGUACACGAGGAAGGUUUAGGUCUUGACUACUCCGCAGCACGCGUUGCUGCUGAAGAUGAGGCGCGUCUUCGAGUGAUCGCGUCGCUAGAGGGAAGCUCGAAGCGCGCAGCUCAACACGCUGAGCAAGAGCGACUGAAACUAGCAGAGUUAUUACGAGAACUCGAAGCGGGGGCGCGCAACGCUCGACAAGGAGCGUUAGAAGAUAAGGAGCGUCUGCGACAGGAGCAGCAACGUCUAGACGCACUUAGCGCUCAUCUCCAGGCCCAUGCUGCCGCACUACGGGACCAAGAGGAUACUCAUGCCGCGUAUAUGGGGAAGCAACUGGCUGAAGCUCGAGAGGACGCGCGGGUGUACGAAGCACGUUUAGCAACUAGAAGGACGCAACUGGAACGCGAUGAGCGUGCGUUGUAUGAAGCUCGAGCGGAGUUUGCGGCCUUCCGCGAACAAACUGCGCUAGAGAUUGAGCGCGAGCACGAGGAGCUUCGAGCGUCGCGUUUAGCGCUUGAAGACGCGUGGCGCGAGCUUCGCGCGGACCGCGAGGACCUCGAAACGGAGUUGGCUGGCCACGAAGAUGAAUUUCAAACACUCGAGAGCAUGCGGCAACACGUUCAAGACGCAGAAGCGCGACUGGCGGAACGUACGCAAGAGGUUGUCGCACUAGCGGAGAAACUUGACGUCGUCGAGAACGGUCACUCGAACGCGGGAAGAAAGAGUUGGAGGCCCGGGAACAAAGGUUGCAUGCUCAGAUUCGUCAACUUGACACUGCGCGUGGGAGACUCACACAGCAACGACGAGAACAGCAACAGCUCCUAG